AUGACCAGACAAUUCAUCUUCAUCAUUCUUUCGGUUUUAUUGCUUUCAUCUAUAAUAACUGAAGCAGGUCCUGUUGCAUACAUGUCAUGUCAGUCUGCAUGUAAUGCAGGUUGGGUAAAAUGCUAUGCCGUCAUGGGAUUAGUAGCAGGAACUAUAACUGGAGGAAUCGGAGCUCCAGCGGGAGCAAUUACAUGCAAUGUCGCGCAAGCAGCAUGUAUGGCAUCUUGCGCUGUUUUAUUACUAGCACCAACACUCUAG